GUGUUGCCGCUGAAGCCGCCGCUGCCCGGAGUAAAGGGGGCGGCGCACUGGCGAGGCCGGGCAUUGCUCCUGUAAGAGGGAGGGAGUGCGGGGAGGGGAAACAGCCAUGUCGGCCAGCGGCGAGGUGGAGCGACUGGCGGCAGACCUGAGCGGGGCCGGCGCCGGAGAUGAGGAGGAGGAGUGGCUCUAUGGCGAUGAAAAUGAAGAGGAAAAACCUGAGGAAACACCUGCCAAAGCUCAACCCCCAACUGGAAAUGAAGAAGAAGCUGCUGCUGAAAAUGGUGUUGUGAAAACGAAAGCCACAGAGGCUGAGGAUGAUAGUGACAGUGAUAGUGAUGAUGAUGAGGAUGAUGUUCAGGUCACGAUAGGAGAUAUUAAAACAGGAGCACCACAGUAUGGAUAUGGAGCAGCACCUGUGAAUCUCAAUAUCAAAACAGGAGGGCGAUCUUAUGGAUCUUCUGGCGCAAAAGUGAAAGGAGUUGAUCUGGAUGCACCAGGCAGUAUUAAUGGUGUUCCACUAUUAGAAGUUGAUUUGGAUUCCUUUGAGGAUAAACCUUGGAGAAAACCAGGUGCUGAUCUCUCAGAUUAUUUCAAUUAUGGGUUUAAUGAAGACACCUGGAAAGCAUACUGUGAAAAACAAAAGAGAAUACGAAUGGGACUUGAAAUUUUACCUGUUACCUCAACCACAAAUAAAAUUACGGCCGAAGACAUUGCUAUGGAAGUAACGCCAGGGGCAGAGAUUCAAGAUGGCACAUACAAUCUUUUUAAGGUGCAGCAAGGCAGAACUGGAAAUAUGGAGAAAGAAACACCACUUCCACCAACCAAAGCUGAGUUCACAUCUCCCCCACCCUUGUUCAAGACAGGAAUCCCAUCAAACAGAAACAGCGCCUCUUCUCAGUCGCAGACGAGCACUGCAGCCAGGAAAACCAGUUCAGGUGUCGGGAAAUGGCAGGACCGAUAUGGGAGGGCUGAAUCACCUGAACUAAGGAGGCUCUCUGGUACAAUAGAUGUAAUUGGGCAGACCAUCACAAUAAGCCGAGUAGAAGGAAGGCGGCGUGCCAAUGAAAACAGCAACAUACAGGUUCUUUCUGAACGCUCCAGUACUGAUGUGGACAACAGUUUUACCAAGCCGCCUCCAUUUUUUCCUCCAGGAGCUCCUCCCACCCAUCUUCCACCACCUCCUUUUCUUCCACCACCUCCGUCUGUCAGUACUGCUCCCCCUCUGAUUCCUCCUCCAGGUAUACCAAUAACUGUGCCACCGCCAGGUUUCCCUCCACCACCUGGAGGACCACCACCUUCCCUUAUACCGACCAUAGAAAGUGGACAUUCCUCUGGUUAUGAUAGCCGCUCAGCUCGUGCAUUUCCAUAUGGUGGUGUCACCUUUCCGCACCUUACAGGUUCUGCUCCAUCGUGGACUAGUCUCAUGGACACAAGCAAACAGUGGGAUUAUUAUUCGAGAAGAGAUAAAGAGAGAGAACGCGAGAGGGAUCGAGAUAGAGAAAGGGAUCGCGAUCGUGACAGGGAGCGGGAGCGUACCCGAGAAAGAGAGCGAGAACGUGAUCACAGUCCAACUCCUAGUGUGUUCAACAGUGAUGAGGAGCGAUAUAGGUACAGAGAAUAUGCAGAUAGAGGCUAUGAGCGGCAUAGAACAAGCAGAGAGAAAGAAGAGCGACACCGAGAAAGGAGACAUCGAGAAAAGGAAGAAACGAGACACAAGUCAUCACGAAGUAACAGCAGGCGUCGCCAUGACAGUGAAGAGGGAGACAGCCACAGGAGGCACAAACACAAAAAAUCAAAAAAGAGCAAAGAAGGAAAAGAGACAGGUGGUGGUGAACCUGCCCCAGAACAGGAAAACACUGAUGCUACCCCUGCAGAGUAGGCAUGGGUGGCUUUUGCCUACUUGCUUAUAUUAGUGCCAGAAAUAGAUUGCUCUAAAUCUAAUUAUUUUUCUGGGUCUUAACAAAAAUUGCUCUUAAUCUUGUUCUGUUAGUAUAAAGCAUAAGUUUAAUUUGGAUUUUUGAAAAUAAAAAGUGAAUUUUUCAUGUUAAAA